AUGAGGACGAAGCUGCUGCUGGUAUCAUUCCAAGUGAUGUGGAUGGCAUACUGCGAAACUAAGCUGUCCGCCUUCGUGUUCUCGUCGAGCACCGGACAAUGGAGAGCUGCUGCAUCCAAGGCUUGGAGUGAUUUGGCCCUUUGCAGCAGCGAGUCCGGCAUGAUGUCACAGGUCCACCCUCUUUUUCUCAGGCACCAUUAUGCUUAUGGGUGCUUCUACUGGGACUGGACGCUGUUCUGGAGGAAAACGUUGCUCAUGCUUGACACAAGAAGGAUGGAGUUCUCCAUUGUUGUCCCCCCACCUGGAGAAUGGAGAAAGGAAGGUUUUGCCGUUGUGGAGGCAGGGGAAGGCAGGCUUGGGAUGUUUGGUUUCCAUGGUCAACCUGCAUCUGACCUUACCUAUACCUUUGCACAGAACAAAGGCGAGAAUCCCAGCCAGUGGCAUAUGGAGAAGAUAAUCUCACUAGAUUCUGGUUACCGGUAUUAUGGAAGGUAUUUGCUAUUGACAAGGACAGCAGACAUAUCUCAAGAGAACCCACUCUUUGAAUAUUUUUCGAUUGACGUCAAGACGUUGCAUCUUCAGAGGGUUUAUUCACAUUAUAACAGGCUUAAGUUUGCGGGGACACACAUAUAUACCUACUUCCCGCCAUCAUUUUUCUCUUCAGACGCAAAUCUGAAGUGGUAA